AUGGAUUCUUCCUGUUUUAGUUUAGGUUUUGGGUUUUCCUUUAGUUUUAAUUCGUGGGUUUUGAACUUUUGCUGCUGGUCUCUGACAUGGGCUCUUCCAAGCUCUACGCUGUAUAUCUUUAUUUACUUGGGUAUGGAAGUAUGCAUAUCAAGUACUUAAAUGAAUCAUCUUUAUCCUGCAAAACCCGCUUGCGUUAAAUGAAUCAUCUGAUUUGCGUUAAUCAUCUUUCCUGUUUAUAGAAGGAUCCGACCGCCUAUGACUGGGCGCCUUCUUCUGUCAUUCUUCUUUCUUGGGUUAACUGGGGUAUUUGGAAAUCAGCUUUUAUUUCUCAUUGGUUUAAGCUACACGAAUCCAACUUAUGCUGCUGCCAUACAGCCUUCAAUUCCAGUCUUCACUUUUCUCUUGGCAGUAAUGAUGGGUACAGAAAGAAUAGAUUUGCUUAAAACUGAAGGUCAAGUGAAGGUUGGAGGUACCUUAAUCUGCGUUUCUGGUGCUAUUUUAAUGGUUCUAUUCCGUGGCCCUACUUUGCUCGGACAGGAAAUGGACUUUUCAGCACAAAAUGAAAUAAGUGUCAAGGGUCAACCAGAGUUUGCUGGAUGGUUUGUGUCCAAUUUUCUGGUGUUUGGACUAGAACAUUGGCACAUUGGGGUUCUAUGUUUGAUUGGGAAUUGUAUGUGCAUGGCUGCUUUCCUAGUUAUUCAGGGCCCUGUUUUAGCAAAGUAUCCUGCCAGCAUUUCAGUUGUAGCAUAUUCAUAUUUUUUUGGUUUUAUACUGAUGGUAACGACAGCAUUCUUUGUGGCCAAUGAGUCAACACAAUGGCAUCUGACACAAUCUGAGCUUUAUGCGGUUUUGUAUGCUGGAAUUGCUUCAUCUGCCCUCAAUUAUGGACUACUGACAUGGGGCAACAUGAUUUUGGGGCCUGCUUUAGUUGCUCUUUAUAAUCCACUCCAACCUGCAGCAUCUGCCUUUCUCUCAAGAAUUUUCCUUGGCAGCCCUAUUUAUUUGGGAAGUGUCAUUGGUGGAUUUCUAAUUAUUUGCGGUCUAUAUUUGGUCACUUGGGCAUCAUACAGAGGACAACAAGCUGGUGUGGGGGUGAUUCCUCAGGUCGUUCGGUCCACAGAACCCCUGAUUCACACAGAUGCAUUAACUAACAAAAUGCCAUUCCAAAGAGGACAUCUUCUCUCAGGGUCAGGGGCAGUUGCACCAAAAUCUAGAGAUUAAAUAUGUGAAAUUUAUCAUGAUUACAGUCAAACUUUUUCUGAAGAUAAAAUAGUUUCACUGAACACACUUCACUCUUGCUCAUUUAGCAAAACGUGAAAAUCAACAUGUAAUAAGGAUCUGCUCUUUUUAUUUAUUGCAUGUUAUUAUUUUUUCUACUCUUAAGCCCUCACCUUAACUGUCAUACCA